CAUUGUCAUUCGUCCUUUGCUGCCAUGUCCACCCCCGGCCAAAAAAAGAAGCUACAGCUCAACGUGGAUGUCGAUCCACACCAUGAAAUGAUACAUCUCCCCCAAAACAAUGAUUUCCCGGUCAAUGUCCUCCGUUACACAUAUCUCCCAGUAAAAAUCAACUACGCAAUUUCGAACUUAGCACCAUGCUGGAUCACCAUUCAACUGCCGAGGCAGGCAUCAUUAAGAUUACACGCCCUUCAGCAAUCAUACAUUCUAUGGCAUCCCGAUGAAAUCAGCAAUAGGGAUAUGUUCAGUUUCAUCAACUGGACUUCACAAGGUUACCGAAACUCCAUGGAUCCCAGAAUGUCAGGACCGCCGCAAAUAGUCCCGCAAACCUACCAGCCGUUCGCGAUUCACCGCUUCACAAGCCCGCACAACCCGGAAAUGAACGCGUAUUGGAGGAUUGGUACGGUGCUGAGCAUCCCAGUUGUACGGGCGACAUCGUUAGCAUCCUAUAAAAGGGGAUCCUCGAGCGUACAUUUGAUUAGGGCUCCGUCAGCCUCGGAACCGCCUUCAGCUCGUGCGGCAGUCAGUUUUACGGAAGGUCAUCCGCCCACUACCUUAGUUUCUCCCUCUACUUCCACCGAAGGUUUAUCUCCUGCGACCGCAGUAGUUGCUACCCCUACUUCCACCGAAAAUCCUUCCCCCGCUGCCCCCGAGCUCAACCUCCCUCCAGUCCUCACAAAUUUGUACGGAGAACUCGAUCACGAGCUCUUUGCAGAGCUCUACCCUGGGGAAUGGGGAUUCUAAAGAUCUAAGAUGUUGUUUUGAAGGGAAAUGCUCAUCAUCAUUGACUGGUUUUUUUGCAGCCAUCGGAAUAGUGAAAGCAGAAUAUCGCAAAACCGUGGGGAAGAUGCAAAAAAAAAGAAGUGAAAUACAUGCAAUCUUGUAUUGUUUUGCAUAAAUACAUUAUUUCAUGCUCGUUA